AUGGUCAAGCCUGGUGAAGUACCCUGCUCGGUGGUGCCGGGCCCUGCUGGCCCUGCUGGCCCUGCUCCGGUGCUGCGAUCUCAGGGACAAGCACCACAGGUCUUGCAGGUCCGGCACCAAGCCUAUACUCCCGCGCCCGCGCUGCCGUACCACGCGGUGCACCACGCACCAUACGCGGUGCCCGGCGCUGCGGUGCCCUAUGCGGUUUACCGCGGCGCUGCGUUGCCCGGGUUUGUGACCAAUCCGGCAGGAUUGGUACCGCAAAGGAGGAGGGAACUGGUACGCCAGGUGGGCGAUGCUGUGCAGUUGAGCGCCCUUGGAGUGGUGGCGGUGCCGGUGCCCACCUUCCAGUGCAAGAUCU